AAUGGUACAAACAACGCUAGGGAUACAUUCACGAAAAGCAACUUACCGUGGCGCAACAACUUUAAGUCGUCGGCAUCACACACAGUACUAGCUACAGUAAAACAAUGUUGCUUUGUGUAUUUUCCAACAUAUAACUUGCAUUAGCGAUUGUUUUUUAAGCUUUGCUGUGUUCGGGCGUUAUUUUUUAUCCGUCUUUUAACACACUUCCGGUUUCAGCGUUUUGAAACCGUCGGUGUUUGUGCUCUUGAACGUACCCUUUUUCUGGGUUUGCGGGAUGCCCCCUGGGUUAAGGUUUACAGCGCCACCGCAACUCCCGAUCAUUUUGCGUUGAGAAUGGACUUAACGAUGGCUGUGAGAGUGUUGUCGCGGUGUGCGAGGCGGACUUUCCUGGAGUUUGCAUCCCGCAGCAAAAGCGCCCCCACCAGAGGGACCGGUCGCCACUACUGGACGGCUUUCCGGCGGACUGUCAGUGGCCUGAGUAGUGGCCGGGCUGCAUUUGUCCUGGGCGUCCCUGCUGUGUCCUGUCUGGGCUACGAGGCUCUCCGCAGGGCGCAGAGCUCCGCCGUGGUCAGUGCGCUGGACAGAGAGGAGAUUUUGGAGCAGGCCGACUACCUGUACAGCUGCGCGGACACACAGAAGCUCUACCAGCUGCUGGCCCAGCACAAAGACAGCGAGGACGCGCAGUUCCUGUGGCGGCUGGCCCGGGCCUCGCGGGACCUGGCGCUGCUGCCCGACACGGAGGCCGAGCAGAAGAAGCGGCUGACGUUUGAGGCCUUCCAGUUCGCCCAGAGGGCCCUGGAGAGGGACGACUCCUGUUUCGCCGCGCACAAAUGGUACGCCGUGUGCCUCAGCGAUAUCGGGGAUUAUGAGGGGGUCAAGGUAAAAAUUGGAAAUUCAUACAUCAUCAGGGAGCAUCUGGAGAAAGCCAUACAGCUCAACCCCAAAGACGCCACAUCCUUACACAUUCUAGGCUACUGGUGCUUUGCUUUUGCCGAGUUGCCGUGGUACCAGCGCAAAGUGGCGGCCGUCGUUUUCUCUUCGCCGCCCACGUCCACGUUCCAGGAGGCUUUGGAAUUCUUUUUGAAAGCAGAGGAAGUCGACCCUAACUUCUACAGUAAAAACCUCCUCAUGCUGGGGAAGACGUACCUGGCCCUGAAGGAGCAGCAGAAGGCCCAGAUGUGGCUCACCAAAGCCAGGGACUACCCCGCCCACACCGCGGAGGACAGGGAGGUGUGUCCACAAGGAGGCCGUGGAGCUGCUGAAGAAGCUCGGCUGAAGGCCUGGACCUGGAUGACCGGGCCUCUCCGGACCGCGACCUGCUGGACCUUCGCACCCCCCUCCACGGCCGACGCCUCUCGGAGAUCGUCCGGUUGGCAGUCGGAGCGGGAAACGGGUGCUGAAGACACCCUGUGAAAUGCCUUUCUGUCCAAGUCCUGGUUGGAUUUGAGUGCUUUUUGAAUUACAACCGAUUAAGAGAUGUUGUCAAUUAAGUGCCCGUUCUCUCUUUUGUUGUUUUUUUCCCUUUUUAAAAUCAUAUUUCAGAUUUCCAGGUUUACAUUUACUGAUCCGACUGGAAAACUUAAAGAUAAAAUUCACCCUCAUUCACUUUGAUUUUUCUUGUUUUUUAAAAAUAAGAACCAGGACAGUGGAGCUUUGUGCCAGUUUGAUCAUAGUUCAACAUAACUGAAUCGAUUCUGUAUAAAGUAAAAACACAAGCACUAAUAAAGCAAGUAUCAUCUGU